UAUUUAAUUUCUAUUUUUGUAUUUGAUUUUAUUUUAAAACAAUGGUUAAUACAAAUACAUUUUUUUUAUUAGUACUUAUAGCUUUUAUUUCCACUUUAAGAUAUGCUGCAAGUAUAUCAUGUUACCAAUGCAAUAGUACUGAUAUCAAUGAUCAAUUUCGUUGUACUGAGUCUAUGGAUACGUAUGGCCUAGACCCUCAACCUUGUACAAGUGUUUACAAUGCUGCUUAUUGUGUGAAACUGAUAGGUCGCUAUGAAGGAGGACUAGGAGUUACGCGUUAUUGCUCAUCACAUGAUUUGGGAAAUUACUGCAAUUAUGUGCAACGACCAGGUGAUAUAUUAGAAUAUCGAACAUGUGUUUAUACUUGUGAUUCUGAUGGUUGUAAUGGUUCAAGUCAAGUAAAGUUAUUUGGAUAUUUAAUUGGUAUAUCAUUUUUGCCAUGGUUUAUAAAUAUAUUAUUUUAAUUAUUAACGUUACCAAAAUAAUCUGAUAUAAUUUAUUAGUAGGUUACUUAUA